AUGUCCUUUGAUACCGUCGCCAUCAAGAACAACAUCAUUCCUCACGAGAAAUCAGAGUUUGUCUAUACCUAUGGUACCGCUGGUUUUCGUUCAAACGCUGACGUGUUGGGCUCUGUCAUGUACAAGGUUGCCAUCUUGGCUGCUUUGCGCUCAAAGAAGCUGAAUGGCGCUACUAUUGGUGUUAUGAUUACUGCUUCUCACAACCCUGAAGAGGAUAACGGUGUCAAACUCGUGGAUCCUCGUGGUGAAAUGUUGGAACAAUCCUGGGAGGUCUAUGCCACCAAGCUCGCUAAUGCAAAGAAUGGCGAAUCCCUUGUUCAAGUCGUUCAAGAUGUGAUUGCUCAAAACAAGAUUGAUGUCGAGACUCCCGCCAACGUCAUUUAUGCAUACGAUACUAGACCUAGUUGCCCUCACUUGGUCAAGUGUCUUGAACUCGGUUUGAAGGUUGCAGGUGCUCAGAGCACCAACUUUGGUUUGAAGACCACUCCUAUGCUCCAUUACCUCGUUCGCUGUAUCAACACUGCUGGUACCAGUGAUGCCUAUGGUGAGCCUACUGAAGAGGGUUAUUAUACCAAGUUGACUUCUGCCUUUUCUGCCGCUGUCAAGGGAAAGCCUCGCUUGUCUACUCUGCACGUUGACUGCGCUAACGGUGUUGGUGCUCCCAAGCUUCGCGAAAUGACCAAGCACAUCUCCAACGAUGUUUUAUCUGUUGACGUUGUCAAUGAAGAUAUUACAACUUUAGGCCAAUUAAACAAAAACUGUGGUGCUGACUUUGUCAAGACACAACAACGUGCUCCUCCCAGUAUCAGUAUCAAGGCUGGUGAUAGAUGCUGUUCUUUUGACGGUGAUGCUGACCGUAUCGUCUUUUACUAUGUCACUGAAGAGGGCACUUUCAGACUUUUGGAUGGUGAUAAGAUUGCUGGCCUCGCUGCUCUUUUCAUUGCUGAACUCGUGCAAGAAGCUGGUAUUGAUUCCAUCAAGGUGGGUGUUGUUCAAACCGCUUAUGCUAACGGUAGCUCCACCAACUACCUCACCAAAGUGUUGAACGUCCCUGUUUCUUGCGUCUCCACUGGUGUCAAGCAUCUUCAUCACGAAGCUGAAAAGUACGACGUUGGUGUCUAUUUUGAAGCCAAUGGUCAUGGUACCGUUCUUUUCAGCCCUGAUGCUCUCAACACCAUCAAGACUGCUGAAGCUAAAACUCCUGCUCAAAAGCAAGCUCUCACUCAAUUAGCCGCCUUGACUGAUCUUAUCAAUCAAACUGUGGGUGAUGCCAUCUCUGAUAUGCUCUUGGUUGAAGCUAUUCUUACCAGCCGUCAAUGGAGCUUCGAGGAAUGGGACCAAGCAUACACUGAUCUUCCCAACCGUCUCGUCAAGGUGGUUGUUUCUGACAGACACAUUUUCAAGACUACCAACGCAGAACGUCAAUUAGUUGAACCUGCUGGUCUUCAAGCUGAAAUUGAUGCACUUGUCGCCAAGUACAGUAAUGGUCGCUCUUUUGUCCGUGCCUCCGGUACUGAGGAUGCUGUUCGUGUUUAUGCUGAAGCUGCUACUCGUGCUGAAACUGAUGAUCUUGCAUUCAAGGUUGCUCAACUUGUUUAUGAUCGUGCUGGUGGUGUUGGCGCUCGUCCUUAA